GGGAAGAGUGGGGAGGUCCUAGACAGAAAGGGCACAGGGCAGAGUGUGGGCUCCCUGUCGUCAGGGCAAGAGAACUAUGGUGAUCCAGCCGUCUCUGCUGCUCCUUUUGCUGUUGACUCUACAGGAUGUGGACAGCUGCCAGGGGCCAGAACUUGUCCGGGAGCUUGUCCUGGCCAAAGUGAAGGCACUAUUCCUAGAUGCCUUGGGGCCCCCAGCAAUGGAUGGGGAAGGUGGGGGUCCUGGAAUAAGGCGGCUGCCUCGAAGACAUGCCCUUGGGGGCUUCAUGCACAGGACCUCUGAACCAGAGGAGGAGGAUGUCUCCCAGGCCAUCCUUUUCCCAGCCACAGGUGCCACCUGUGAGGAUCAGGCAGCUGCUGGAGGGCUUGCCCAGGAGCCUGAGGAAGGUCUCUUCACUUAUGUAUUCCGGCCAUCCCAACACAUACGCAGCCACCAGGUGACUUCAGCCCAGCUGUGGUUCCACACGGGGCUCGACAGGAAGAGCACAGCAGCCUCCAAUAGCUCUAGGCCCCUGCUAGAUCUUCUGGUGCUGUCAUCUGGGGGGCCCAUGGCUGUGCCUGUGUCCUUGGGACAGAGCCCCCCACGCUGGGCUGUCCUGCACCUGGCGGCCUCCGCUUUCCCUCUGUUGACCCACCCCAUCCUCGUGUUGCUGCUGCGGUGCCCACUCUGUUCUUGCUCAGGCCGGCCUGAGACCACUCCUUUCCUGGUGGCCCACACUAGGGCUCGAGCCCCCAGUGCGGGGGAGAGGGCUCGACGUUCAGCUCCCUCGAUGCCUUGGCCUUGGUCUCCUGCAGCCUUGCGUUUGCUGCAGAGGCCUCCAGAGGAACCCUCUGCCCAUGCCUUCUGCCAUCGAGCUGCCCUCAACAUCUCCUUCCAGGAGCUGGGCUGGGACCGCUGGAUCGUACACCCUCCCAGCUUCAUUUUCCACUACUGCCAUGGUAGCUGCGGGAUGCCCACAUCUGAUCUGCCCCUGCCAGUCCCUGGGGCUCCCCCUACCCCGGCUCAGCCCCUGUUUUUGGUGCCAGGGGCCAAGCCCUGCUGUGCAGCUCUACCAGGGAGCAUGAGGUCCCUACGCGUCCGAACCACCUCAGAUGGAGGCUACUCUUUCAAGUAUGAGAUGGUACCGAACCUCAUUACACAACACUGUGCUUGUAUCUAAAAGCACCUCGUCUCCUCCUCCCACAGCCACUGGCCACCAUCACCUCACCAUCCCACGGUCGGUCGGUCGGUCGGUCGUCAGCUAGGAGGAAGGUGGGGUGUGGAAAGUAGACAGUUUCCACUUCCUUUUCCCUUCAUCUUUCUGUCUGAGGCUUCCACACCCCACUCCACCCAGGUCCUGUGGAUAACAAUAAAGAAGGAAGUGUGUAUGACUUUGUAUGCA